AUGCUGGACCAGUUAUUCCUUCAUCUCGCCCAAUACGCCGACGAGAUCAAGAAUUCCUCAAACCCAUCCAUUGAAUGUCUUUUGUUCAAGAGUCUUGAGAAGAUUCAAAUCUCUCAAACCAAUGAACCCAGUCUGACGGCGGAAUAUCGCACCUCAUCCCACAUCGAUUUCUCUCCUCCCAUCGCCUCGAAUUCCACUCAGGGAGACUAUUCGUCUUCAAAAUUCUCAACUGAGGGGCUCGAUCCUGUGGAUUGUUUACGGUAUUCAUCCGAAUUCCACUUUCCCCAAGACUCCCCCGAAUCCACCUCUUCGCCUUCCUUGUUCCCAUUCGACUUUGCCCAUGAUGCAAACGAAUGCGAUUCGGUUGGCUCGCCCGCAGGGUCUUCGGUCUUUGCAAGUUCGGAGGAAACAGACCCUUUCUGCAUCUCAAGUCCGGAACAUUCGAGAGUGUCAUCCGACAACGGGGGAGCUGAAUGGGCGAGUCAGUUUAAAUCGUUCAAUCCGUUUGCGGAUCCUUUGUUCUACCUUCCGUAUCGUCCGAUGGGAGACAGUAUUGGGCACGCGAUGCGCUUCUCUCGCAUAUGGGAGCUUCCUCACAGCCGAAUGGUCAUGAGCAACGGGCGCGAAGCCGAUUGGAUGCCACCGAAUCACAAGUUUUUAUCGGCAGAGCCUACUUCAAGAAUCCCGAGCAUGGAUGCCGCCGGGAUAAUCCCGCCGACCAAUGUGUUUGUUGCCAACUUUCCAUCACACUGGAGCAAAAGCGACCUUUGGGACCUUUUUGAAGGAAUUCCAGUGACCACUGUUCAUGUCCUACCCGAAAAGCGGGGUUCCAAUGAAGAAUCGAUAUAUGGAGGUACUGGUUUUGUAAAUAUCACCCGGGCCAGUGAUGCCCACGCCCUGCUAGCCAUGCUCGAUAAGAAGAUAUGGCUGAUUGAUGGGAGUGCCUUGAAGUUUCGUUUGGCGAAUUCAUGUCCGCCGACUGAGCCGAUGAAACCCCCCGUCCACAAGAAGAACCGGACAGUUAGGCGGCAUCAGCAUAAAGUAAUUGACCGGUUGAGGGCAGAACAAACGGUGGGCAACAAGCAACUCGCGUGCUGUGACCGACAUCAACUGGUUGUCUAUCAAAACAUCUCUUCAAGGAAGACUGCGCCGGCCUUAUCGGUGGUCCACGGCAGCCGGCAGCGCAACACUCAAUUCGUCUGCAAUGCUUCUGAAAACAGCUUGGCCAAAAGCGGAGCUCCGAGACCAUUUCUGGAGUUCCUAAAGUCUUAUCUCAACCGGCGAAACAACUAUAAUUCGCAGCAGAUUUUGGCAUCCUCGUUCAUGAAGCAAAACCCGGCGAAAGGUCUUUCGCCAGUUCCCCUGCUGCAGGUGGCUUCCAAGCCGGUGGAUCACGAAAGAUCCGUGGUUAACAAAACUGAUACGAAGCCUAUUAUGUCAGCGCCCUCCGUCACUUACUUCGGUGGGGUGGACAUCCCGCGGCGUAUAGACUUCGUCCCUCAAACAAUCGCUUACGCGCCCUCCGCCACCUAUUACGCAUGGGCCCCGGAUGCCCAUGCAAAUAUCCCAGUGUACAUCCCAGCAAAUGUACCUUCUCUCUCACUUCGUUGGAUACCAACGAAUUCCCCAUAUUCUCCAGCUCCGUUCUCUCAGCUGCCUCAAGGACGGGAACCUUCCGCCGUAUUUUUUCCUCGAAUGAGAUGA